UUUCCUCACCAAAUUAUGCGACGAAACGAAUGUGCGAAUGAAUUCACAACAUAAAACUCAUCGAAUCUCUUUAUUCGAGAAGAAUCACUCACUCCCUCUCAUACUUUUUGUAUUUCCCUCUUCUGCCCCUCCAUUCGCUUUUACACUCUCACUGUACAUCUAUAUAAAUCAGGACCCCUCACAACCUCCAUGCAUGUUUUGUUUAUCUGGGCGAUGUAAGAUUAAGACACCCAGAGACAGAAUAAUAUAUAUUUUCAUUCAUGGGUUUCGAGAAAAAAAUGGGUGAGAAUUCAAGGCAACUGAAUUUGGAUGUGGGCUCAAUUUUUGUCCCAAAAACCAUUUCUGAUAUUCUGACAGAAGUGUCAAUGAUGCAUGAUUUUUCCAAGAAAUCAUCCAAGUUGGAUUUCUAUGUCCAUUCAUUGGAAGAAGAAAUGAGAAAGGUGGAUGCUUUCAAACGUGAGCUUCCUCACUGCAUGCAGCUCUUGAGAGAUGCAAUCGAGACACUGAAGAAGGAGAGCUUGCGGUGGAAGGGAAGAGAAAUGGGGCCAGUGAUGGAGGAAUUCAUACCGCUGAAGGGUGAUUCUGAGGGGGGAGGAAGGGCAAAACUGUCAACUGACUUCAGUGAGAAGAAGAACUGGAUGAGUUCUGUUCAGUUGUGGAGCACCCCUGUUCACUAUGAAAAUCAAGACUCUGUUUUGUCCCUCAGAUCAAGGCAUCAAGAAGAGGAGGGCAGUGGAAUUGACAGCCAGUUCCAAGGAUGUAAUAAUAUCAAGAACAGUGGAGGGGCAUUUCUGCCAUUUAAGAAAGCACCUGGUUUGUCAAUAAAGGAACAGAAAAGGGAUUCAGCUUCAGCAGUAAAUGGUGGUCUGUCACUGUCAAUUCCAGUGGCUGAAUUGGAAUUGGAAUCGGAAUCACCGGAUCUCAUCAGUGUGAAGGAGCCGUCUGCUUUCCUUCGGCCACAACUGCAGCAGAGGAAACAGAGGCGCUGCUGGUCCCCAGAACUGCACAAGCGCUUCGUCGAUGCCCUCCAACACCUUGGCGGAGCACAAACCGCGACACCGAAGCAGAUCAGGGAACUGAUGAAAGUGGAUGGGCUGACCAAUGAUGAGGUUAAAAGCCAUCUGCAGGUAGAAAUACAGGCUUCACAUCAGGAAGCUGCCAAGCACAUCGGGCGGGACGAGGGAUUUCUCGUGGGUGGCACAAGAGUUGCCGAAUAAGCAAAUGGUUGCGCAUUCUGGCUCCCCGCAAGACCAUUUGAAUCUUGGAGGGUCGGCUAAACGUGGUUCGGGUUCAGCCAUUGGCGGUGAUAGCAUGGAAGAAGAUGAGGACGACAAGUGCGAAAGCUAAGGGGACGGCCGGCGGAGCGAUGUGUUUAGGAGGUUGGAAACAGCGGAAUUUUGCAGAUAGAGUAUAGGAGAAUCAUAAUACAAAAAUUUCAUCAAAUAAUUAUAACUAUGGUAUAUAGACAUUAGAGAAUGUUGGUGGGAGGAUUUUAUGAGGGAUGGUUUCUCGGAUUUUAUUAUGUGAUUAACUUAGACUGACAUCCUUAAUUUGCUAUUUUUAAGAUUUAUAUUAGAAACUCUAUAAAUCAAGUAAGGUUUCAUGAAUUGUAACUUUACAUAAUAAUUUAAUUAAUUAUAGAGUCGAACA